AUGCAGCAAUCCUCUAGCGUUCCAGUUGCAGACUCCUGGGAAGACGACGAGGUGGAGUUCGAUCUCCAAGCUGGUGCCGCGAUCGACAGUCGCACCCGACAACAACAACAGCAGGAGCAACUGGAACAGGCACGAAAAGCUGCAGCGGCGAAGCGAUCCGACCCGGACUUUGAUCCCACGCUCGUCGCAAAACUCGCUGAGCGCAAACACAAGGAACAAGAGCAGUUAGAGAGGCAGCGCAUUCUGCAGGCCGAGCUUGACGCGUUGCCCGAAACCGCUCGCAAGCUCCGACUGCAAAAGUUAACUGAAGAAGCGGACCUCCAGUACGCCAGCGAGUGGCUUGGAGGAUGCACCUCCAGCGCUUCGGCGACUGCGUCCGCCACACCGGUGGAUAGUUUCUCGCUGGACAGCACCCAGCCGCGCACAAAGGCAGACUUCGAGCGCUUCGCACAGGCGCUGGUAGACCGGCUCUGUACGCUGCGGCGCGGUGCAAAGACUCCCAGGUCGUACAUUUUGUUUCUCAAGGACGUUCUCCAUGGACUUUUCGUCACCAGUGAUGUUCUAAGUCUGGCCGAGGUUUGUGAGCUGGCUGACUACGUGCACGAGACCCUGAAAAGCGAGCGCGAACUACGUGAACGAAGCGGUGUCGCUUCAGGUGCUGGUGGCGGAGCUGGUAGCGCUGCAGCUGGCGCAAGCACAGCGAGCCAUACCGCGCAUAGUAGAGGUGCCAGAAAAGCCUCCAUCAGGGUGGAGCGCGGGGAUGAUUUUGAGGCAUUUGCCGUCAGAGGUUCCCGGCACGGAGCGAGCGCUAUCGCGGAACGCUUACCAGACGAUGAAGAGGAUUUCAUGUGA